ACUUUUGUAUUCCUUUAAACGCUUUAUAUAUUGAAAAAUGGAGAUAACUUUACAAGCGUGUCGAUGACAGAGAGAGGCGUGCACCACAGGGAACAGGAAAAUAUUGAAUAUUGUCCAACCCUUUCUUUGCACGUACGAAACAAAAAUGGGAAGAUCAAGAUCAAGGAGUCGUAGUAGAAGCUAUGAAAGAAGACGGAGCAGAAGUGCCAGUUACGACAGUAGAAGCCCCUCUCCAGAGGAAGGGUACAGGGUUCAUGUGGCAGAUCUAGGAAUAGAUCCAUCCAAACGAGACCUUGAAAGAGCCUUUGAAAAAUUUGGGCCACUCAUAGAAGUGUGGGUUGCAAGGAACCCCCCAUGUUUUGCUUUUAUUGUAUACAAGUACAGGGAAGAUGCAGAAAAGGCUCUCAGAGAAAUGGAUGGCAAGCCUCUGUCGGGAGGAAGAAUAAGGUGCUCUUUAGCUCGCCCUAGAACAAGGGGAAGAAGGAGGCGGGGAUUUGACCCAAAUUUGCGCUGUUACACCUGUGGUGAGAAAGGCCAUUUUUCUCGUGACUGUGCUGAAAUUUGGAGACAGAGACGACGAAACAGAAGUCGGUACGUCGAAGCUGAAACAGAGCGCAAGAGGAGAAGAACUAGGACAAGGUCAAGAUCAAGAAGCAGAUCAAGGUCACGAAGAAGCAGAUCAAGAUCCCGAUCUAGAAGAGACAGAUCAGGAUCAAGAUCAAGAAGCAGCAGGAAAGACAGGGACAAGAAAUCUAGGUCAAGAUCACCAAAGCGUGACAAACGCAAGGACUCUUCCUCCAAAUCCCCAAGGAGGAGCAGAGACAAGUCCAAAGACAGAAGCAACAGGGAGAGCUCUGAUAAAGGGAGUCCCCCACAAGGAGACCAGGAGCAAAUUCUGGACGAGAUCAGGCCCUCAUACUCACGGUCCCGAUCUAGGAGUGCCCCCAGGUCAGAAAGGUCACACAGGUCAGAAAGGUCACCCAGGUCAGAAAGGUCAGCUAGGUCUGGAACUAGAAGUCCCAGGGCUGAUAGGGAAGACAAUGAGGAGGACUGAGGGGGCGGGGCAGGAAGAUAAAGUGGUGAUUGUUAUUAUUUUCCCAGGAAUUUUAUCCAGUGAUUGUUGUACUGUAAGAAAACUGUCAAUUUAUUUGUUAAUGAUUGCUUCAAUAAAGAUUAGGAAAUCCAA